AUGGAGGAUAGUUAUCUUCCUCUAAGCACGAUUCUCGACACACCACCCUAUACCUUCAUGGAUUUGGAUUACAUGGACGAGCUCUUGCUCGAAACUAAUGUAUCCGAGCUCUCGCAGUUCGCGUGGCCCUCUCUCGAAACCAAGGAGGGCCCGUCUAACGACAGCCAACAUGUAGUAGACAGGCAAAGAUGGUGGAUCGGGCCUAGGCCCGCGAACUCGGUGGUUGACCGGUUGACUCAGGCACUCGAGCACAUUAAGAACCGAAUGAGGGACAAAGACAUGCUCAUCCAAGUGUGGGUCCCGGUCAGCAGAGACGGAAAAUGUGUGCUGACUACACAUAACCAGCCGUUUUCGCUCGACCUCAACUGCCAGCAGAGGCUGGCCCACUACAGGGAUAUAUCCGUAAAUUACCAGUUUGUUGCGGAUAAGGAUUCGAAGGAAGUUGUGGGGCUGCCUGGACGGGUUUUCAUGAAUAGGGUGGCCGAGUGGACGCCAGAUGUGCGUUUGUUCACGUGGGAUGAGUACAGAAGAGUUGAGCAUGCUCAGAAGCUUGAUGUUCGAGGCACGCUUGCAGUGCCGGUUCUUGAAAAGGGGAGUGGGAAUUGUUUGGGUGUGAUUGAGGUUGUCUUGACCAAGCAGAAGAUACAGUUCAGGACGGAGAUUGAGAGUGCUGUUAAUCUCAAGAGCGCCGACAUUUCAAGCAAAAACAACGUCAAGACAACCGAUGAUUUACCUUACCAACCCAUACUGCCCGAAAUCCUCGACGUCCUCAAAUCCAUAUGCGAAACCCACAGCCUCCCGUUAGCCCAGAUGUGGGCCCCAUGCUCUUCCCAGUGCUGGCGCUGCCCAGACAGCGACCCAAAUAACUGCCUCUCACCCGUGGAGCCCGCGUGCCACGUGGCGGACCCUCGUAACCUUAACUUUCACGAGGCGUGCAAGGAGCACCACUUGUUGAAGGGCCAGGGUAUCGUCGGCAAAGCCUUUGGUACAAACCAGCCUUGCUUCUCACAUGAUGUGUCAGCCUGCAGCAAAACCGAGUACCCUCUUUCCCACAUUGCCCACAUGUUCGGGCUCCGUGCAGCUGUCGCAAUUCGCCUGAGGAGCGUCUCGACUGGCGCAGCUGAUUUUGUGCUCGAGUUUUUCCUGCCUGUGGGCUGCGUGGCCCACGAGGAGCAGUUAAAGAUGCUCGACUCGCUUUCGAGCACCAUUCAGAAAGUUUGCCGAACUUUACGUGUCGUUACGGAUAAAGAGCUGAAAGAGAGUUUGGUGGUCGAGAAUAACCGGACGAUGGAGAAGAAACGGGCCCGGGCCGAAAAGACAGUCACGUUGGAGACUCUCAGGCAGCACUUUGCCGGGAGUUUGAAGGAUGCCGCCAAGAAUCUUGGUGGUAAUUUUUCGAAUUUUUUCCACGGAAUCCAACGGUGGCCGUCUCGUAAGAUCAAGAAAGUGGGCCACUCCUUGCAGAAGAUCCAGCGCGUGAUCGACUCCGUUCAUGGCGCCUCGGAUUUCCUACAAUUCGAGUCCUUCUACACCAACUUCGGGCCUCCCGAGCCCAAAUCCCCGGCCCGCAGCCCGAGGCCCACAGACACCUCCUCGAGCUCGAGCCAGUGCUACUCGAGCGAGGCCCAACCCGCGUACCACUCGGCAAGUGUCUCGGGCCAUGAAGGCCCGAUUGUCAAGGACGAGCCCGGUCAAGGCCCGGUCAACAGUCAAAGGGUGAAAGUCAACUAUGGUGAGGGCACGAUCAGGCUACGGAUGCAGAGGGAUUGGGGGUAUGUUGACUUGUUGCGGGAGAUUACGAGACGUUUUGGAGUGGGCUCGGGAGUCGAGUUUCAUCUCAAGUAUUUGGAUGACGAUGCGGAGUGGGUCCUGCUGACGUGUGACGAUGACCUGGCGGAGUGUGUGGACUUGUGCCGCUCGUCUGGGGCCCACAUGAUCCGUCUCGUGCUAGUUCGGAGGUAG